UGGAUUAGAGAUGGGAGUCCAUUGUGAGUGAUAGGCACUCCUGACACUAUAUAAGCAAAUACUCCUAGCAUAGCCUUGUGCGACGCCGUAACUUUGUUUUCGGCGGGAUCCAGUCUCUCUCUCAAAUACUCCAUCAAGCCGAGUCUCUCUCUCUUCACCAAAUCUUCGAGAUCGGCUAAAUUGUCCGAGCAUCUCGGUUCCAGCUAGCCUCAUUUACAUCCCCAUUCAUGGCGAUCGACAGAAUUUUUAAAGAUGAAGCCAGUGAAGAAAAGGGGGAGCGUGCCAGAAUGGCAUCGUUUAUCGGUGCAAUGGCAAUUGCUGACUUGGUCAAGACAACCUUGGGGCCAAAGGGAAUGGAUAAAAUUUUGCAAUCGACAGGUAGAGGACGUUCAGUCACAGUUACAAAUGAUGGUGCCACCAUUUUGAAGUCCCUUCAUAUUGACAACCCAGCUGCUAAAGUUCUUGUUGAUAUUUCAAAAGUUCAAGAUGAUGAAGUUGGUGAUGGGACAACUUCCGUUGUUGUCUUGGCUGGGGAACUUCUGAGGGAGGCAGAAAAGCUUGUAGCAGCAAAAAUACACCCAAUGACAAUAAUAUCAGGUUAUCGAAUGGCUGUGGAAUGUGCACGCAAUGCUCUGUUGCAGAAAGUCAUGGAUAAUAAAGAGGAUGAAGAGAAAUUCAAGUCAGACUUGAUGAAGAUUGCAAAGACUACUCUGAGUUCCAAGAUACUCUCACAGGAUAAGGAACAUUUUGCAAAACUGGCAGUGGAUGCUGUUUUGAGGCUAAAGGGAAGCACAAACUUAGAGUCCAUCCAAAUUAUUAAGAAGCCUGGAGGAUCGCUAAAGGAUUCCUUUUUAGACGAAGGAUUUAUUCUUGACAAGAAAAUUGGUAUUGGACAACCGAAACGCAUAGAAAAUGCAAAGAUUUUGGUGGCGAACACAGCGAUGGACACGGAUAAAGUGAAGAUAUAUGGGGCCCGUGUCCGUGUUGAUUCAAUGUCCAGGGUUGCUGAUAUUGAAGCGGCUGAGAAGGAAAAGAUGAGAGAAAAAGUGCAAAAGAUCAUUGCUCAUGGAAUCAACUGCUUUGUUAACAGACAGUUAAUUUACAACUUUCCUGAAGAACUUUUUGCAGAUGCGGGUAUACUUGCGAUUGAACAUGCAGAUUUUGAUGGGAUUGAGCGCCUUGCUUUAGUUACCGGUGGUGAAAUUGCAUCAACUUUUGACAAUCCAGAAUCGGUUAAACUUGGUCACUGCAAGCUCAUCGAGGAAAUCAUGAUUGGUGAGGACAAGUUGAUCCACUUUUCUGGUGUUGAAUUGGGUCAGGCUUGCACAAUAGUAUUAAGAGGUGCAAGCCACCAUGUUCUUGACGAGGCUGAAAGGUCUCUUCACGAUGCCUUGUGUGUCCUGUCACAGACUGUCAAUGACAGUAGGGUUUUGCUUGGAGGUGGGUGGCCUGAGAUGGUGAUGGCCAAGGACGUGGAUGAACUGGCACGUAAGACUCCUGGGAAGAAGUCUCAUGCUAUUGAAGCUUUUUCUCGGGCACUAGUGGCCAUUCCUACCAUCAUUGCUGACAAUGCUGGUUUGGACAGUGCUGAGUUGGUUGCUCAGCUCCGUGCUGAGCACCAGAAGGAGGGAUGCACUGCAGGGAUUGAUGUCAUCUCUGGAUCUGUAGGAGAUAUGGCACAACUGGGAAUUUCUGAAGCAUUCAAAGUCAAGCACGCCGUAUUACUCUCUGCUACUGAGGCUGCUGAGAUGAUUCUCCGAGUUGAUGAAAUCAUCACCUGUGCUCCACGGAAGAGAGAAAAUAGGAUGUGAAGAUAUGAUUAGAUUUAUUGGCUAAUUAAGGACAUCUGUUGUAAUUCUGUGAUACGUGUUGCUGCCAUCUUGGAUAGGAUACAGCAAUGAAACUGUUUUGGAACAUGGUCUGAUUUCAAACACUGGGAGUUUCUUUCUUA